GGUGCACUGCUGAGACUGAAAAAGGGACUCAUCCGAUGUUACAAAUUCGCGUGUCGGCUACGUGAGAUAGAAAUUAAGAAACAAUAACUAAUAGUGUGAAGAAAGGUGAGGAUGGAAACUUUGCUGGAGCAGCAACGGCGGUAUCAUGAGGAACGAGAACGGCUGAUGGAUGCUAUGGUGAAGGAGACACUUCACCCAAAGAAAACGAACAGAGACCAGAUUAAUUCCGACCACAGAAAAAAAACACUGUUGGAUAGGCAUGUUGAAUGUUGCACACAAUUGAGGGAUCUUUAUGAAGACAAAGAUGGGCAAAGGAAAGAAGAAGUCGCUGCUCUCUCAGGACCAAAUGAAUUUUCGGAGUUUUACACACGGCUAAAAUCAAUCAAGGACUUCCACAGGAGGCAUCCAAAUGAGAUCAGUGUACCCAUGUCAGUGGAGUUUGAUGAGCUGGCAAAGUUGCGAGAGAAUCCACCAGAUGACCUGCAGAAUAUGACAGACUUUACAGACGAGGAAGGCUAUGGUAGAUACCUUGAUCUUCAUCAGUGUUAUGAGAAAUUCAUCAACCUGAAGGGAAUUGAUAAAAUAGACUAUAUCACUUACCUGUCAACUUUUGAUCAGCUGUUUGAUGUACCCAAGGACAGGAAAACUUCAGGCUACAGAGAAUACCUUCUGAGUUUACUGGAAUACCUGGAGUUCUACAUCAACCGUGUACGACCAUUGAUGGAUGUUGCUGAGGAAAUGGAAUCUGUUCAGAAGGAGUUUGACAAACAGUGGACUGAUGGCAUGUUUCCAGGCUGGCCAAAAGAGACCAGUGGCGCCCUCACACGAUCAGGAGCUCAUUUAGAUCUGUCUGCAUUCUCUUCAUGGGAGGAAUUAGCCUCCCUUGGUCUGGAUCGUCUCAAGUCUGCUCUGAUGGCUCUGGGGAUUAAAUGUGGAGGUACCCUUCAGGAGCGAGCCCAGCGACUGUUCAGCACGAAGGGUAAAAACAUGGAGGAUCUGGACCCCUCGCUCUUCACCCGCUCUAAACCAGGCAAGGUGGGAAAAAACAGCCGUGAAGCAGAGAAGCAGAAAGAGAUGGCCUUCCUAGAGGCACAGGUGUACAGAUUCGUGGAGCUCCUCAGCGAGCAGCGCUUCGCCACACGCGAAAAUGUCCAGCGUAAACAGGCACGUACCGGUGAAGAGAGGGAAGAGUCAGAUGAGGAGAAUUUCAGUGAGGAAUCCUCAGAUGAGGAUGACGAUGAUAUCCCGUACAACCCCAAAAACCUGCCCCUUGGCUGGGACGGAAAGCCUAUCCCAUAUUGGCUCUACAAACUGCAUGGGUUGAACAUCAGCUACCAGUGUGAGAUCUGUGGUAACUUCACAUACAGAGGUCCCAAGGCCUUCCAGAGACACUUUGCUGAGUGGCGACAUGCCCACGGCAUGAGGUGUCUGGGAAUUCCCAAUACAGCGCAUUUUGCGAAUGUCACCUCUAUUGAAGACGCCAUGGCACUGUGGGACAAAAUCAAAAGGGGGAAAGAGUCUGAACGCUGGAGGCCAGACGCUGAGGAAGAGUACGAAGACUCCAGUGGCAAUGUUGUCAACAGGAAGACCUUUGAGGACUUAAAGAGACAGGGGCUGCUGUAAUUACAGAGUUAUUGUUCCUGAUUGCUAAAUAAAUGUAAUACAUCAUUUUAAUUCAUUAUCUCUCUGUCGUAUCAUCGGUCAUAGAAUUCCACUGUUUUUAUGAUGUUGAUAAUUUAGUGAGCUCAUCAUCCAUGUUUAAACCUCGUCAUUAUGACCCUGUAUACAACAGCUAUAUGUCUGUUGUAAAAAAAAGUUGUUGAAUACACAUAUACAGUCACAAUAGAUAACAAUUAAUAUUUGUUGUUUGUUUGAUUUUGUGGGGGGGUGGGGGGAUUGGAGGUUAGCAUUCGAAUGUCCCAGGAGCCUCUCAUCAAUGCUUUUGCUGUGAGCUCAUGUUGGUUUCAUCUCCAGCUGUAAGUGGAAAGGUCUGCCAUCAACCGGCAAAUGGUUGUGGGUUUCCCCAGGCUCUGCCCAAUUUCCUCCCAACAUAAUACUGGCCACGGAAUGUGAAAUUUUCUUAAUUACAGCGUGAAACACCCAUCAAGGAAAUAAAUGAAUAGACUUUCUUUUCAAAAUAACACAUGGGUGAAGAGAUGUACACUAUCUGUGUGACAUCAACAAGAGAAUUGUGGAUAUGAUUUAAAAUGUGAUUGAAUUUCAGCAUUUUAUUUGAGUAUUGUUGUGCACUGUACCGGAGAGUAUUUCACCUAAACAUUUAUUAAGGUAAUUGAGUUCAUUGGUGGAGAAAACCCAAGCAGCUUAUCAGAUAAGAGCAUUUAGAAAAUAGUUCAUAAAGUUUGAUAAACCAUUAAGCUGUUUGUUUAUUGUAACAGUGUACCAUUGUACCAUUGUAAAAAUAGGCUGCUUUGAAAUUGGGUCCAUUUCUCUGAAACACACUGUAUAUCUUGUACAUGUUUCUCUGACCACAUUUGGUGAAUAGGUCUACCCUAUAAAAUUUGAUCGCAUGCCAAAUACUAAUUCCAUGCGUUACAUUUUAUAUCCGGCCGUAUGUGGAAAGGUCUGACAGCAACCUGUGGAUGGUCACGGGGUUUCCACUGGACUUUGCCCCGGUUUCCUCCCACAUAAUGCUGGCUGCCAUUCUAUAAGUGAAAUACAUGUAUUCUUGAAUGCAGCUUAAAACACUAAUCAAAUAAAUGAAUGCAUUUUUAUGUAUACACUUCAUUAAUACAUCUGAAGCAUUGAAUGUAGCCACAGAAUAGUUGUUUCAUUCUUUAACACCACAUUCUUUACCUGCCUGUACGAAUGUGA